AUGACCUCUCCAACCAUCCUGCUCCGCCCCCUCUCCUCUUACACUUUCACCACCAAAUCCGCCCAACCUGAAGAAGAUCCAUCCGUCUCUGCACGUUUACAACGUUUACAGAAUCAAUAUGAGGAUUUUGGAAUGAGGAGGACGGUUGAGAGUGUUUUGCUUGUGCAUGAACAUGGACAUCCUCAUGUUUUGAUGAUACAGAUUGCUUCUGCAUUCUUCAAGCUUCCCGGCGACUACCUCCGUCCAGGGGAAGACGAGCUCUCUGGUCUUUCCUCCCGCCUCGACUCUCGUCUUCAACCUACACCCGAAGAACCUCAAUCCUACGGUCCUUCUGGUGAAGGAAGAGAUCAACCUGAUGAUCAAUGGGAAAUUGGAGAUUGUUUAGCAACUUGGUGGAGACCUGGAUUUGAGACUUAUAUGUACCCUUAUGUACCUGCGCAUAUUACCAAGCCAAAGGAGUGUAAGAAGUUGUUCUUGGUGCAGAUGCCACCUGGUAAAGUCCUCGCGGUCCCCAAGAAUAUGAAACUCCUAGCCGUACCCCUCUUUGAACUCUACGACAACUCAAAUCGAUAUGGACCACAGCUGUCUGCUAUUCCGCACUUGUUGUCGAGGUAUAACUUUAUUUAUUCGGAUGUAUAA